AUGCCGGGUGAGCCACCCAAAAUGAUCAUCACUGAUCAAGAUGAAGCCAUGUCAAAGGCAAUUGCUGUAACUCUCCCGACAACAUUCCAUAGAUAUUGCAUAUGGCAUAUCUUGAAUAAGAUUACAGAGAAACCCGGCAUUGGAGAAUGUUUUUCAGAAAUGUGCAAACACAUAUGGGGUAUGGACAAGAAAGAAGAAUUUGAUGCGAAAUGGGAGGAAAUCAUCACAAACAAUGGGCUGAAAGACCAUGCGUGGCUGAGCUCAAUUCAUGCUAUGCAGGAGAAUUGGGUUUCAUCAUAUAAAAACACACUGAUGGAAUUCAUUGUACGUUUUGAGAGAGGUCUUGCUUCACAGAGACACAAGGAGUUAAUGGCUGAUCAUGUUGAUAACAAUGAAAAACCUCUACUGCCAUUUCAAACACCAAUGCAAUAUCAAAUGGGACGCAUUUACACUCGGGAAAUUCUGGAAAUGUUUGAGAGGGAAGAUUUCAAAAGUCUUUUAUGCUUGUUCGAACUUGUAGAGCAAGAUGAGACGCACUGCAGAUACAAAGUAAGUGAGCGGGUAAAUCCGGGGGUGACAUGGAUGAAGGAGCUUGUGCAUGAUAAAGAUGCCGAUAAAGCUUAUUGCAGCUGCAAAGGAUUUGAAUUUUGGGGUAUUCCGUGCCAAUACAUCCUAGCAUUCUUAAGAAUGAAGCAGGUUAAGCACUUGCUAGACAAGUACAUAUUGAAACGAUGGCUUCAAAGUGCGAAAAGUGGUGUAAUAUAUGAUAAGAAUCACAAAGAAGUUAACGAUUGCGUUGAUGGUUUGCUUUUGGUUAAGAGAUCGAAAGUUUGCAAAGUUGCAAGUGAUUUGAUUGAUUCGGCUUUAUUGUGUGAUGAAGGUUUCGAGUUGCUGGAAAAAUCUUUUGAGGACAUUCGUGGGAAGCUUACAAGCUCUUCAUCUUCCGACACAGUACUUGGUGGUCCAGUUGGUGAGAAUUUGCAGCCCACUCAGAGCACGCAGGACAGUGAACCUACUAUGACAAAGUCAUUUAUGCAAGAGUUUGAUUUCACGUAUGGUCCCGCAGUUUGA